GCAGAUGCUUCUCUUCCGCCUCUCGUUAUGCUUGAUGAUGCUAGCAACUCGAGCAACUUCCCAUCUGCUCGGAGACACGUGCACUAUUGCUGGCAACGGAGCCACUGGUUAUGCCGAUGGAGCUGCAGGGGCUGCGAGUUUUUCGGGGCCCUCAGGCAUCUCAACGUGGGCCAACGGGAACUCCAUCCUUGUGGUCGACACUGGAAACAACGUGGUCAGGCUGCUCGCCAGCGCACAGGUCUCGACGAUCGCCGGGAACGGGAGGCAGGGCGUCGCAGACGGUCAGGCGACAUCGGCUGAGUUCAACUCUCCCAGCGACGUGGCCACCAAGACUGAUUUCAACACGGGCAUGGUGACGGCGCUGGUAAGCGACACCAACAACAAGAAGAUCAGGUUCCUCUACGUGGGUCAAGAACAGGUCGGGAGCUUUGUCCAGACUUCCAUGCAACAGCCGUCAGCUCUUGCGCUGGCCCCGAACCAGGCGACUCUCAUCGUUUCUGACCUUGAGCUCCAUCAACUCCUGACCUUCAACAUGGCUGAUGGCAAGACUUCGAAGUUCGUGGGAAACGGACAACGAGGAUAUCAAGACGGCGCAACAGCAUCGUUCAACGGCCCGAGAGGACUGACUUUCUCGCCCGAUGGAACCUACAUUCUUGUGGCUGACACAGGCAACCAUGUCGUGAGGAAAAUUGACGUGGGCUCAGCCAUGACCUCCACCCUCGCUGGGGCAGCGGGGAUGGCGGGAUACCAGGACGGGAUGGGAGUGGAUGCGAGGUUUCAAUCUCCCUACGGCAUCACCAUCGACUCUGUCGGGCAGUUCGCGUAUGUCUCAGAGACCGACGGGAACAGGAUCAGGAUGAUCGACCUUGCAACAAACGUCGUGUCCUCCAUCAGCGGAAGCAGCCUCGGCCUUGCAGGCUCCCAAGACGGAGAAGGAUACACAGCGCGAUUCAGCGGUCCCAAGGGGGUGACGCUCAUGAACGAUCAAGUGCUGCUGGUGUCAGACUCGAACAACAACCGAAUCCGAGCGGUUGCGACCAAGGAUAACAUAAAGAUCGAUCUUUGUGUAUCAUCGACUACCACUCAGAAUGCGACCGCGACUGCCAACGAGUUGAACCUUGAUGCUCGCGUAAGUGUAACAAGCCUCCUGAGUAUGAUUCUGCUUCUUGCGUGGACGUGUUAGAUUUAGAUAGAUUUACAAACAUGCUGCCAGAAACAACUGAUGCUCGCCUGAUAGUAGAAGCUACUUUCCCC